CAUCCGGUUGCGGCCUCCGCAGCGGUCUUCCUCAUCCUAGAAGGAGUCCGUCAGCGAGUCGCCGGACCGUCAACGAAUUAAACAUCAUUUUAGCUCUCGGGGACCGAAUUAAACUACAUUUGCGCACUCCGAAUUUGAAGUAAACAGCAUCGGCGUCUUCAGACCGUGAAUGGAUCAUGGAGUGUGUUCCUGCUGUUCUAGAUGAGUUGGAUGGUAAAAAGGAGGCGCACAUAGAGGAUCCUGAGUAUAAUGUGUACACCCGCUUCAUGAAGUCCCACCGCUGCUAUGACCUGGUGCCCACCAGCUCAAAGUUGGUGGUUUUCGACACUUCUCUACAGGUGAAGAAGGCGUUCUUUGCUCUAGUGUCUAAUGGGGUGAGAGCAGCGCCCCUCUGGGACAGCAAGAAGCAAUGCUUUGUUGGUAUGCUGACCAUCACAGAUUUCAUCAAUAUACUUCAUCGCUAUUACAAGUCUCCUCUGGUGCAGAUAUAUGAGUUAGAGGAGCACAAAAUAGAAACAUGGAGAGAGGUCUACUUACAAGAUUCCUUCAAACCUCUCGUCAGCAUAUCGCCCAAUGCCAGCCUAUAUGAUGCAGUUUCAUCUCUACUGAAGCAUAAGAUCCACAGAUUACCCGUCAUUGAUCCUCUAACAGGAAACACACUCUACAUCCUGACACACAAGAGGAUCCUCAAAUUCCUGAAACUCUUUAUAUCUGAGAUGCCCAAGCCUGGGUUUCUGUCUCAAACUCUGGAGGAGUUGAACAUCGGAACGUUUCACAGCAUCGCAGUGGUUCACUCGGAUACGCCGCUCUACGCCACGCUCGGCAUCUUCGUGGAUCAGAGAGUUUCUGCCCUUCCUGUGGUUGAUGAAAAUGGACAUGUGGUUGACAUCUACUCCAAGUUUGAUGUUAUAAAUCUGGCAGCUGAGAAGACAUACAAUAACCUGGACAUCACUGUGACUAAAGCCCUCCAGCAUCGCUCACAGUAUUUUGAGGGUGUGCUCACCUGCCGAGCCAGUGAGACACUAGAAGCCAUUAUCAGCCGACUAGUGGAGGCCGAGGUUCACAGGUUAGUGAUCGUGGAUGAGCAGGAGGUUGUGAAAGGCAUCGUGUCUCUGUCUGAUAUCUUACAGGCGCUGGUGCUCACCAAUGGAGACGACGGAAGUGCUUGAUGGAAGUAGAGAAGAGUGAAGGAGUGUGUCUCUCAAUAAGCCAGAAGAUGUUCCAGAAAAAGGAUUGAUAGAGACGUCUAUGACACACAGCCAUCCCAAACACAGGAGUUUCACAAGCACGACCCAUUCAUCAGAGUGAAGAAAGAGAUGCUUCGCUUUUCUAAGAACAAACUCUUUUAAUAAUAGAGCCUUCGUACCACUUCAGGGAUUUUAAUUGGACAGAAUUCAAAUGAUUUUAGUUAUGUCA